AUGAGAGAAAUCAAGGACAGGAACCUACGGAAAAAAAUAAUUAACAUGGGAUACGCUUUAAACCAGCCAACAUUUCAUUACUAUCGGUCAGAGAUUGGCAUGGCAAAUACAGAUGUUUUAAGGUGGAUUGACAGUAUUCCAGCCGAAAAAUGGACAAGGGCAUUUGACGGCGGUCGACGUUGGGGUCACAUGACUACCAACCUUGUCGAGUCAAUGAAUGUCGUCUUUAAGGGCACACGUAAUUUGCCCAUUACAGCAUUGGUAAGGGCAACGUAUUAUAGACUAAGAUCUUUAUUUGUUGAAAGGGGUGGAAAGUGGAGUGUUGUGUUGAAUUCUGGCCAAACAUUUACAGACAACUGCCUCAAUGUUUUCAGUGUGCAAGAGACAAUGGACCAUGGUGAGGGGAAACCUAUGGGACAUUAUAAGGUCGACCUCUUGAACGGGUGGUGUGAUUGCGGAAAGUUUCAAGCAUUUCGUGUCCCUUUCUCACAUGUUAUCGCUGCAUGUUCGAAUGUGCGCCACGACGCUUGCGCUCUUUUGUCCGACGUUUAUAGGGUUACAAACCUGUUUGGGGUUUACAACGCAAGCUUUCCAGUGAUGUCAUGCGAUGAAUAUUGGCCUGUUUAUGAAGGAGAUCAAAUUUGCCAUAACCCAAGAAUGUGGAGGAACAAGAAAGGUCGCCCUGUAAACACACGUAUUACAACAGAAAUGGAUAACUUUGAUAAGCUUGAGAGGAAAUGUUCCAUGUGUCGUCAAACGGGACACAACCGCACCCGGUGUCCCAAUGUGGGAACAAGUAGUCGUUAG